UUGAAUAUCAACGUUCUAUAUCUACUGAGGACCAAGUACGACCUCUCGCCAGCUCCCUAUAUUAAGCCCUUCCUCGACCCAUUACGCACGCUCACCGACUCCCACUCACGAAGUCGACGCCAAUACAGAAUGUCGCCACCAACAGCAAUUCAAGCGAAAGUGCUCGAAGACCUCGACAAGAGGAUGUACUCGGCAGCUGGCAAAGACGACGACGAGGCUGAGAGGAUCGCCAAAAUCCUCAUAGCCAAAGACGACCUGCCUCUGUUUGCCCGCUGUCGCGCCCUGUGCAUUCUAGGCGUGAGUAAGUCGCCGGGCUACCUUGAGUGGGCGGAAGAGGCUGUUCGAACGGCGAGGAAGGCCAUCACAGAUCCAGACACAGAGGAGAAAGAGGCACAGCUCAUGCUCGCUUCAUGCGAAACCAUCUUGCACUGGGCAUUACAAGACCACUCCAAGGACCUCGAAAGGCAGUGGCGUGCGAAGAAGACCGAAGUAUCGGCGGCGGCUAGCUGUUCGGCGACGAAGACUUGUUCGGAAGGGCAGCGUUCCGUGAAGAAGAGACGAAUCAAGUCGGGUGCGAGGGAUGAUGUUCCUGACCUUCUUCCAGCUGCGCCAGUGAUGGAAAGAACGGAAGAGGGAACGAAAAUUGUUGAGCUCCGUGAAAUGCCGUCCGAGGAGGGGAACAAGACCCAAGUGGUGGGUGACAGCAACGCAGAGAGUCCGCCGAGCUAUUCGGAGGGCAAAGGCAAGGCAAGGCUGGUGGAUGUCGUGCUGUCUCGACUUGACGCGAGCUUUGGAGGGCUGAGUAUAGACGGCCAGGCUGCGCGCGAGGACGUACUGACUUUCGUUUUUGAAGAGCAGUGAGGCGGAAAACUUUUAUACAGCUGGUUGUUGUAGCCAGCGUCGUAGCCAACAGAUCAAUUUA